UACUAUAUAACAAAUAAUUUGAGGAUGAAGGUGGUGGUGGUGCUGUUGGUAGCGUUAGCAGUCACUUACUGCAAAACUCCACUUCCAAUGGAGAAAAAGGUGUACAUCCGAAGAGAACACAGUCUCAUCAAACCUUACUCUUCAAUGAGCAUGGAUACCCCAAUGUGGGAUUAUAGUGGUAGUACGAUCGUGAGUAACAACGAGAUCCGCCUCACGCCCGACCAUCAGUCCAAGUCUGGUCGCGUCUGGAACACCAUUGCACUGAUGUCCCGGAACUGGGAGAUACUGAUGGAGUUUAAGGUACACGGUUCCGGGAGGACCCUGUACGGUGACGGGUUUGCUCUGUGGUACGUGAACGAGAGACAACUCAUGUCCGGGGAUGUGUUUGGUGCUAAGAAUGGUUUUAACGGUCUGGCAAUAUUUUUUGACACCUACAGCAAUCACAAUGGCGAACAUUCGCACGGGCACCCUUACAUCUCAGCUGUGGUUCACAACGGCACACAGAAAUACGACCAUGACAAUGAUGGUACACACAACGAGUUAGCUGGGUGUCAGAGCAGUUUUAGAGGACAGAAGCACGACACUUUUGCCAGUAUCAAAUAUAUCAACAACGUCUUAACUGUACACACUGACGUACGAGGAAAGAACAAGUGGACCAAAUGUUUUGAAGAGAAGAACGUGAUACUUCCAGUGGGAUACCAUCUAGGUUUGAGUGCCAGCACCGGGGACUUGGCAGAUAGUCACGACGUGAAAAUGUUGAAGCUGUACGAGGUUGACCUGCUCCCCGGGCAAACUUUCAAUGUUGAGGAAGCACUCAAAUUGGUUCCUUCCGCUGAAGGGGAACCUGACCGACCCCAUGUCGAAGACAUCCAGCCACUAUUUAGUCGUAGAGUGAAAACAAUAUUUUACAUAUGUUUUGGACUUGUAUUGCUCCUGAUUUUAGGGGGUGUUGGAUAUCAUUAUUAUAACAAAUACAUUAUCGGGAGAAAUAAGAAACGUUUUUAUUGAGGGACAUUUUGUAUGUUACUUGCACUCAAGGGACUUAUCACUUAACAUUCUAACUUAUGGGCACACGUCUGAUGAACGUCACUUGAUCUGUCAUUUAUUUUUUAAAAGAGUGUUUGAAAAACUUCUGAUUUAUUAUUGAUAAGUUUGUUUACUCUAGCCGAAAGAUUUACAUGGAACUGUUUAACUUUAUUUUGUAAGCUUCAGAGUUCUGUUUACGAUACAGUCGUCAAAUUUCGUUUAAAUCAUCAACAAAUUUUACGCCACGUGGGUUUUAAACGUAAUUCAUCAUUUCAGCGCACGUUCAUCCAAAGAAAAAAGAGAAGGGGUCAUCCUCUGUACUCUGGACAAUUCUGUAUAUUUUCAUAGGACUAGUGGUAAUACUUUCAGUCGUCGGUAUUAGCAUUGUUGUUUGGCAGAAAAAGAAUGAGGACCGUCGCAGAAAACGCUUCUUUUGAAAAUAUCACACAGAGAUGAAUGUAUCGUACGUUAAAUUAAGGCCUUCGAUUAUGAACGUAUUUAUACGUAGCUUUGAUUCAUAUGACAUCAAAUUGUUCAUGGGCAAAAGGCUAAUCCGAGGUUUUUGUAAACUUGUAGAUAAAUUAUUGAACAAUGAUUUCUAAUUCUAUUCUUGUACGAUUUUUUACGUUUUGUUAAAUCAAGUCACUUGAAGAGUUAGUUAAAUUUUUGUACUAAUAUCUACUCGACUGCCGAAUGCUACCAAUGAACUAGGCGGUAGGCCGAACUCUGAAGCUUUGAAAGGAAUUAAAUGGAUACAGUGUCCGAAUUCUAUAGUUUAUACUCUAUAUGCGGUCUUCAUUGCUGCAUUAAUAGAAGAUUUUAGGAUGUUAUAUUUAUUUUACUUAUGUCCCUAUUAAAGUUAACAAGUUUUCGAG